AUGCACCGUCUGAUCUCGAGGACUGCACCGCCACCCACGACUCCAUCGACGGCACCUCAGCAGCAGCAGCAGCCGGAGCAGGAACAUGAGCAGCAGCUAGAGCAGUUGCCGUUGCCGCAGGAUCAGGGAGAUCAACGAGAAUCAGUAGAAGAUCGGAAUCGGGAUCGGGAGCUGCAGUUGGAGGAGCAGCCACAACCGAAUCCAGAGCAUCCCCAGCCAGAGGAAGAACCGGAAGCUGAUCCACCGCCACCACUCCUACUGGAGGAGGAGGAUCCGGACUCGGAGUCGCAGGAGCAUCGGGAGGUAAUAGACGCCAACGCCAUCGCCGAUACCAUAGACGCCAACGCCGUGGAGCGCAUCGACGACUACGAGGACGAAGAAGGCGAGGCGGAGGAGGAAGGAGGUGUCCGCGCAGGCGAAGGCGACAGAGACGGAGAAGAGCAACCACUCGCACCUGGCGUCCAUCGGCUGCACUCUGUGGCCGUGCUGCCACGCUACUCCUCCACACCACUGCCCCAACAGUUGCGUGCUUCGCGCCACCACAACAACAACAACAACAACAAUAAUAAUAAUAACAAUAUAAACAACAACAACAGCAGCGGCAGUAGCAGCAGCAGCAGCCGACGCACUCGCCACUUCUACAGCAACAACGGCAGUCACUUCAGCAACGACAUGUUCCCGAGCCACUCGUCCCGCACCAACGCCCAGGGCUCGCCCCGGGUCGGUAGUCGCCGCCAGCACUCGGCUCCGGCCGCCGCCUCCAAUUCCCCCCAGCACUCUGGCGUGGAUCCGCUGAGGGUCCUCUAUCCGAAUGUCAAUGAGAAUGAGACGCCGCUGCCGCGCUGCUGGAGUCCGCAUGACAAGUGUCUGUCGAUAGGACUGUCCCAGAACAAUCUGCGAGUGACCUACAAGGGCGUUGGAAAACAACACAGUGAUGCCGCCUCCGUGCGCACCGCCUACCCCAUACCGUCCUCCUGUGGACUCUACUACUUUGAAGUUCGGAUCAUCUCUAGGGGUCGCAAUGGCUAUAUGGGGAUAGGACUGACGGCCCAGCAGUUCCGGAUGAACCGCCUCCCAGGUUGGGACAAGCAAUCGUACGGCUAUCACGGCGACGACGGCAACUCGUUCAGCUCGUCCGGCAAUGGACAGACUUAUGGGCCCACCUUCACCACCGGCGAUGUCAUCGGAUGUUGCGUCAACUUUGUGAACAACACUUGCUUCUAUACCAAGAACGGAGUGGAUCUGGGCAUAGCAUUUAGGGACUUGCCGACCAAACUAUAUCCAACUGUGGGCUUGCAGACGCCCGGCGAAGAGGUGGACGCCAACUUUGGCCAGGAGCCGUUCAAAUUCGACAAGAUAGUGGACAUGAUGAAGGAGAUGCGUUCGAAUGUGCUCCGCAAAAUCGACAGAUACCCACAUCUGCUGGAGACCCCAGAGAACUUGAUGAAUCGACUGGUCUCCACUUAUUUGGUGCAUAAUGGCUACAGCAAGACUGCCGAGGCCUUCAACGGCUAUACCAAUCAGUCCUUCGACGAAGAUUUAAAGUCCAUAAAGACACGCCAAAAGAUCAUUAAGCUGAUACUUACGGGCAAAAUGAGCCAGGCCAUUGAACACACUCUGCACUCAUAUCCCGGAUUGCUGGAGAAUAACAAAAAUCUUUGGUUCGCCCUCAAGUGUCGUCAGUUCAUAGAGAUGGUUAACGGAGCAGACAUUGAGCAAGGCAACAAUAAAGUCACCGCCACCACCCAGACCAUGCCCACGAACCAAACGUCCGUGAUACAGUCGACCAAGGCGUUUAAGCACAGCAAGGGCAAUGGAAAUGGCAACAGCAACCAGCCACAACAACAGAACAACACUGCGAUUCCAGCUGUGAUAAAGCCACAAGGCGGCGAUAAGCCAGAUUUGAAAAACAUGAUAGUGGAUGACAAUUCCAACAAGUGCGUCGAGCACGACAGCAACAGCAUGGACGUGGAGAUGGAGCCCUGCCAAAGUCACUCCAACGGCGGAGGCGAUUCCUGCUCCAAUGGCAAUGCCAGCGCAGUGCGCAACUCUCUAGAUGCCAUCGACGAGGAAAUGGAUGUAGAUGUGUCUCCGUCGUCUCGCAAUUGUGGUCGUGUUAUCGAAAAGAUCCUAGAGUUUGGAAAGGAACUGUCCAGCAUGGGCCAACAGCUGGAGAAGGAAAACCUUAUGACUGAAGAGGAGCGUCAAAUGUUGGAGGAUGCAUUUAGCUUGAUCGCCUACUCUAAUCCCUGGUCCAGUCCGCUUGGCUGGCUGCUGUGUCCUUCGCGACGUGAGAACGUUUCCUCUACGCUCAACUCGGCCAUAUUGGAGUCACUGAACUUCGAGCGACGCCCGCCGCUGGAGUAUCUCGUGGCACACGCCUCCGAGCUAAUCAAAAUCAUUGGACAGCACUCGCUGGGCGAGGACGCUUUCAUCACCAUCGACGAUGUGUUCCCGCAAAAUUGACCCAGUUCGCCGACGCUGCUGAAGAUGUUCGAGACCACGCUGACUCUGCCGCGCACCAGUGUGGCCCUCACCGAAACGCUGGGCAGCGCCGGCGGUGGAGCCUCCACAUCGACGGCUGCGGUCGCCGUGCAGACGAGCAAACGUCGUCGCCGGCGGCGCAAUAAGAGGCGACGCAAGUCCUCGCUCUCCAGCAGCACCGAGGCGCCCUCCUCCCGCACCUACGAUCCGGUGAUGACGGGCAGCGGUUUGCGAUCCGGUGUCUCAGCGACGAGCUCGGGAUCAGUGCGUCGGGGACGGCAUCGCAGCGGAGUCAGUUCAUCUUCAUCGGCGGCGGCGGCGGCAGCAGCAGAAGCGGCGGGUCCUCUGAGCGGUGGAAGUAGUCCCUCAAUGUUCGUGGAUCCGCAGGACUACGUGGAGACGCUCGACUAAAUCUAGAUUAUUUACAAUUCGAAGUAGGUUAAAUUUUGUUGUUACUUCCGUUCUGAUUUUACCUGCGCUGGCCCUUCUUUUGACUGUUCGGUUCUGCUUGAGAUGCGACGACGUUUGGCGGCCUUUGAUUUAGCGUGAUUUUAAUACCGUUUAACAAAUAUUUUAUUUAGCCUCUGUAAGCAUUAAAGUGUGUAAUAUUAUGAUGUAAAAUUAAACGGCGAACUGUGCUGCGACACAGCCUUCGAACCGAA